AGGACUUCCAUAAUGAAAAUGAAAAUAUUGUACCGAGACUAAGACGGACAAAAAGCAUUAUAAUGAAGGACACAUGCCUUGAAGACACAGAACUGUAUGAUAGCAUGACAUCAGUCAGUGGAGAUGAAGAGGAGUAUGUUCCAGAUUCUAACCCGGACACUGACAGUGAUUCUAGCACUGACCUCAGUCCAAGAAAACGCCAAUUUCUUGAUUCUCUGCUAAACCCUGGCUCAGAUAUGCCUAAUGAAUGUGACACCACAACACCUGGAUUGGACACCCACUCCGUUACAUCUGAAUUCUCUGUAGAGGAAGAACCCUGCCCUGAAUUUACUGUAGAGGAAGAACCCUGCCCUGAACUUACUGUAGAGGAAGAACCCUGCUCAAGUCAGGACACCAGUGAUAGUCUAGUAGUUAGUUCUCACCAAAAUAAAAAUGGCAAGAGAAGCUACGAUAAGAGAAACUAUUGUUUUUAUUGCAGAAAGCCAUAUGCCAAAAUGGCAAGACAUCUGGAACAUGUACACGAAAAUAAGGUGGAGGUGGCAAGAGCUUUUAGCUUUCCAAAAAAGUCCAAAGAGAGAAAACGUCUGCUAGAAUAUAUUCGGAACAAAGGCAACUAUGCCCAUAAUGCCACUGUAAUGGAGUCAGGAAAGGGACAACUUGUCCCAUGUAAACGGCCACCAAAAGAAGCACAGGGAACUGAUUUCAUGCACUGUGCGUACUGCCAGGGACUUUUCACACGAAAUGUUCUAUGGAGACAUAUGCGAGUUUGUAGACUCAAGCCUGGAUCAGUCAACCCAAAACCUGGCAAGAACCGUGUUCAGGCUCUAUGUGCAUACACUGCACCUGUGCCUUCACAUAUCAGCAGGCAGCUGUGGAAAGUUGUCAGUGCCAUGAAUCACGAUCCUGUCACAGAAAUAAUUAAGAAUGACCAUGUCAUUAUUGAAUAUGGGCAGCACUUGCUCAAUAAAUGUGGAAUGACAUUAAAAAGUAAUCAGUGCAUCCGUGAAAAAAUGCGUGAAUUGGGACGACUGCUGGACAAUGCUAGGAAACAUACCAGAUUAAAAAAGAUGGAGGAUUUCAUUAAUCCUGCGAUUAUGGAGAUGGUCAAAGCUGUCAAAAGUACUUGCGGCUAUGAGAGCAGUACCAACACAUUUGCCAUUCCAUCACUGGCAACAAAACUUGGAAAUGCUUUGGUAAAGUCAGCAAGCUCUUGA